CUGACCGUAGCUUGGCAAAGAAGCACAGGCUUCUUAACCUGCACCACCAAAUGCCAAUGGCGCUCUACACCUCCAAUCUAAUCUCCACCCCUGUAAUCACUCCCGCCAAAUCCAACACUCUUUUCCUGCGCUCUCCCUCCCUUAUCCUGCGCCUUCGUUCCCCUACACCUUGUUCCUCCACUCUCUCUGCAAAACCCAUCUCCCAAUCUGUUUUCGCAAACCCUCUCAGAGCCUCACCGCCCCGCCAGUACGUAUACCCCAACCCCAUCCCCGAAUUCGCAGAAGCUGAGACCCAGAAGUUUAGGGCUGAGCUUCUGAGGAAGCUUUUGAAGGACAAGGACACGUUCGGGGAUGAACUUGACGAGGUCAUAGAUGUAUGUGCAGAGAUAUUUAGUGAAUUCUUGCACAAGGACUAUGGAGGGCCCGGGACAUUAUUGGUGGAGCCUUUCACAAAUAUGUUGGUUGCUAUCAAGGACAAAAAAUUACCUGGAGCACCUUUUGCUGCAAGGGCAGCCCUGUUAUGGGCUCAAAACUAUGUCGAUCAGGAUUGGGAAGUUUGGAACUCUAAACUAACAAUGUGAUUCCUUUUCAUAAUUUGUAUUAUUAGGCAAGUUUAAAUCUCAUGGUGUAUUUAAACUGCUGAUUCAUUUGUCAUGAAGCCAAAGGAAAAUGCGGUGGCAAGAUCUGUGUAUUCAUCACUAUAUAUUACUGGCAAUACAAUGUAAGAUUCAUUGCUCCUUUUGUAGCUACAAGAAAAUGGUUUGAAUUUGUUGUA